AUGGCUGGUCGCUCAAAAAAGAAGGGCACCUCCGGUGCGGCCAAGAACUACAUCACCCGCACGCGCGCCGUGAAGAAGCUUCAGAUCUCGCUCCCCGACUUCAGACGACUAUGUAUCUUCAAGGGAAUCUACCCCCGUGAGCCGCGCAACAAGAAGAAGGUCUCGAGGGGCUCGACCGCCGCCACCACCUUCUACUACACCAAGGAUAUCCAAUACCUGCUCCACGAGCCGCUGCUGGCCAAGUUCCGCGAGCACAAGGCUGUCGCAAAGAAGAUCGGUCGCGCCCUCGGUCGCGGCGAGUCUGGCGAUGCAUCGCGCCUCGAGAAGAACCUUAUGCCCAAGGUCAAGCUCGACCACAUCAUCAAGGAGCGCUACCCUACCUUCGUCGACGCCCUGCGCGACCUCGACGAUGCCCUCUCCAUGCUGUUCCUCUUCGCCAACCUCCCCUCCAGCGACCACGUUCCCGCCAAGACCAUCGCUCUCUGCCAGCGACUGACCCGCGAGUUCGAGCACUACGUAAUCACUUCCCACGCCCUCCGCAAGUCCUUCCUCUCCAUCAAGGGUAUCUACUACCAGGCGACGAUCCAAGGUCAAGACAUCCUCUGGCUGGUACCAUACAGGUUCGUUCAGCGAACAGGCGGUGACAUCGAUUUCAGGAUCAUGGGCACCUUCGUUGAGUUCUACACGACGCUGCUCGGCUUUGUCAACUACCGCCUCUACACUUCGGUCGGCCUGGUAUACCCUCCCAAGUUCAACGCCAAGAGCGAUGAGCAGGGUGGUGAGCUUGCUGCAUUCCAGCUUGAGGGCAAGGCCACCGCUACCAACGACGCGAACGGCCACGAUGAGAAUGGUGCGGUUAACCCCGAGGCACAGGCGAUUGCGGACAGGCUUGCAGCUAUGCCCGAUGCUGAAGAAGAGGAGAGCACCACGGCCGUAGCCAAGGUUGUCACCGAAGACGACGAAGAGGAGGCCAACGACGAGAUUGACAAGUUCGAGCCGACUGCGCCCGAUGCCGAUAUCUUGCCCCAGCCACAAGCAAGCAGCGCCGAAAUCGCAUCCCUGUUCGCGCCCUUCACCUUCUAUCUGGCACGAGAGACACCCAGAGCAUCGCUCGAGUUCAUACUGAAGGCAUUUGGCUGCAAGCGAGUGGGUUGGGACGGAACGCUAGGCGACGGCGCUUUCACAACCAACGAGUCGGACCCGAACAUCACACAUCAGAUCGUCGAUCGACCUGCGCUUUCCAACGGUGCUCCUGCACAGGAGGACGGUGCUGCUGCCCCCAAGGCCCAAUGGCCAUACUCGAUGAUGCCUGGACGCACCUACGUUCAGCCACAGUGGGUAUGGGACAGCAUAAACCAGGGCAAACUGUUGCGACCAGAUCACUACGCCCCUGGCGCAGAUCUGCCGCCACAUCUCAGCCCUUGGGUCAAGCCAAAGAAGGGCGAAUAUGACCCCAACCUGCCUCUCGCGGCACAACAACCAGAGGGUGAGGCUGAGGCCUUUGAGGACGAUGACGAGGAGGCCACUUUCGACGGUGAUGAAGACGAAGACAUGGACGCCAUCGUUGACCGUGAAGGCUCCGUGGAAGUUGGCGAGGGCAUGGAUGUCGCUGACGACUCUGAAGACGACAGCGAUGAUGACGAAUCAGAUGAAGCUGGCGCGGGUGGUGAGGAGUUCGACGGCUUUGACUCCGAUGCCGAGUCAGACAUCUCAGAAGGAGAGGCUGCCCGUCUUCAGCACCAGCGUGAACUGGAAGCUGAGGCUACUGGCAAGAAGCUCGAGGUCAAGAAGCCGACCAAGAAAGAGGAGAACGCUGUCAUCCGCAAGAAGGCAGAGAAGAAGAAGCGCGCUGAAGAGGAGGAGCGCGAGAGGCAAAAGAUGAUGUUGUCUAACAAGAAGCGCAAGCUGCUCAAGCGUAUCGAAUACGGAGAGAACAAGCGCGAAAACGAGUCUGAGAACCUGCGCAGAAAGCGUGCGAAGGUUGAGAAGGCCAAGGCUGCUGCUGAGGCCCUGUAG